GUCCUGAUGAAGAAAAACCAAACGAAGGGGAUCGGUCUCUAUCUUGAAGCCACUGAAUCCCUUCUCCACUGCCCACCUUAAAGCAAAAGAUGAGGCUUGAAUUUUUGCUUCCAGUGCCGAAUCGGCGGCAUUUGUACGAAAACUGAGGCCGAAAGUCAUCUCUCCAUUCCUAUUGUGCAUCACUGCUACUCCAAUUAGUAUACCAGUUCAACCAUAGUCAGACAGAAGAAGAAGAAAAUGGAGCCGUUGAAUAGGCUUUACUUUAAGAAGAGGUGGAAAUUUCUUGUAGUCUUCCGUGGCAUCGGAGCAUUAGCAUUUAUUAUCUUGAUAUUUCACCGAAAUACUUUUCAAAAUCCUGUUUCAAGAAAGCCCUUUCUUGUUCUUUUCGGAAAGAAUGGUAUUGAGGGAGAGGUUCUUCGGAGGAGGAUUUAUGAGAAAGAGGGGAUUUCUGGGACAAUUUGCACUGGAAUUGAUGAGCACCAGGGAUAUAAUUCCAAGUGUGAAUAUUUGAGGGAGAACUCCGAUUGCAAUUCGGGUGGAUUUUUCAACUACAUCAAGUUCUUUUACUGUGAUCUUGAAAAGUACACUGCUUUGAGACAUUUAAUUCUGGGAAUAUGGCUAGUUACUUUGUUCUACUUACUAGGCAACACUGCUGCAGAUUACUUCUGCUCAUGUCUUGAAAAGCUCUCGAAUUUGUUAGGGUUAUCCCCCACUCUAGCAGGGGUAACUCUUCUUCCUUUAGGAAAUGGGGCGCCUGAUGUAUUUUCCAGUGUGGCUGCUUUCUUGGGUACAGAUUCAGGUGGUGUUGGAUUCAAUGGUGUUCUUGGUGGUGCUGUUUUCGUCACCUCAGUUGUUGUCGGGACCGUGUCUUUGUGUGUUGCAGAACAAGGCGUUCGGAUUGACAAGAGGUGUUUUAUCCGAGAUGCUUGUUUCUUCUUGUUUGCAACUUUGUCUCUUCUAUUGAUAUUGGUUCUUGGUGAGGUGAGCAUAGGUGGCGCGAUCGGGUUUCUCUUGAUUUAUCCGGUGUAUGCCCUUUGUGUUGCAGCUAAUGAGUUAUUGAGAAGUUAUGCUUGGAGAUUAAAGUUUGAUUCCGUUGCUCCUCUUUUACCUCUCAAACAUGAGAACUCUAUAUGUCUUGAUUCUGAUUCUGAUUCUGCAAAGCUUCCUAAUGCAUUGUGGGCUUCAAAUGUAAGUGUGUUUUCCAAUGAGACAAUGAAGGUGGUAGGCCCUGAGAAUAGGCAAGAGUCUUUGUGGGGUUGGAAUGCGGAGAAUGUUAUUGCUUCCAGUGACGGGUCACCUUCCUCCUCGUGUUCCAAGUUGCUAAAGAUUCUAGAGCUCCCGUUGUUGCUCCCUAGGCGUUUAACCAUUCCUAUAGUGGAUGAGCAUCGGUGGUCCAAGACGUAUGCCGUGGCGAGUUCCUCUUUGGCUCCUAUGCUUCUUGCAAUCCUUUGGAACACUCGAGAUGAUAACCUCGGGUGUCUUGAGGGAAAUAUCGUCUACAUCAUUGGUUUUGUCAUUGGGGGUGUUUUAGGCAUUCUUGCAUUUAUAUACACAAAGCCUGGAAAUCCACCAGGAACGUUCUUAUUCCCAUGGAUCUUGGGUGGUUUCUUGAUGAGCAUAGUUUGGUUCUACAUUCUUGCAAAUGAACUUGUGGCACUUCUUGUCGCCUUUGGGAUCAUAUUCGGGAUCAAUCCGUCACUCCUUGCACUGACAGUACUCGCAUGGGGAAACUCGUUAGGCGACCUAAUAUCUAAUGUGGCGAUGGCAAUGAAAAGUGGUGACGGGGUCCAGAUCGCAAUGUCGGGAUGCUAUGCAGGGCCAAUGUUCAACACCCUCGUGGGAUUGGGCAUAUCUUUGGUGAUUGGGGCGUGCUCUGGUGGUUCCACUGCUUACAAGAUACCUAAAGAUACGAGCUUGUAUUACACGUUGGGGUUUUUGAUGAUGGCUCUGGUAUUUGCCCUCAUUGUGCUGCCAAGAAACGAUAUGCGCCCCACCAGAUUUUUAGGAUUGGGGCUUAUGACUUUGUACUUAGUAUUCUUGUCCGUGCGGGCUAGCUUUGCCAUGAGUGAUGGAUCGGUGACUACUGGGCCAAGCUAGACGUAAACGAGAUACAUUAGCACAUGCUUUGUACAUAGUUGUGCUUAUUAGUGUCAUUUUUUCACCAAUUUAUAACACUGGAGUGUGAUUGUAUCUCUUUGUAUACAUAGUAUAAAUGUAAUUAAGAUUGAAAUAUAGAAACAUGAACUGAGCAGAUCUUAGAUGCUGAAUCAAAUCACAGAGGAAAAAUGCAGUAAAUUUGGAGUAUAUUCGAAAGAAGAGAUUGAACAAAAAGAAAUUUUGGUUCUCAA